UUUUAUUGUGGCAACUCGAUAUAUCCAGUCCAAGUCCAGGUAUGGAGCUUCAUGUGAAAAACUUACUCCACUCAUCAACUCUCCACAUAGCUCAGAUCAACCAAAUCCAUGGCCUGCUCAUCACCAACUUCCCAUCUCUCAUGCCGCUUUUCACCAGGAAGCUCUUGAAUCUAUCCUUCUUACAAUAUGCACAUCAGGUGCUCGAUGAAAUUCCUCACCCAGAUCAUACUCUCUACAACCAUUUCAUAUCUGCCUACUCCAGGCUUUCUUUGAACAGAGAAGCCAUCCAUCACUUUUCUUCUAUGCGCCAAAAAGGUAUUUGGACCGAUUGUUAUGCUUUUGCUUCUGUCCUCAAGUCUUGUUCUUCAAUUUCUUCAGAUACUGGGUUUGAAAAACAGGUCCAUUCUUUGGUUGUAAAGCAUGGGUUGGAAUCAAGUGUUUUUGUUCAGACUUCUUUAUUGGGUUUCUAUUCUAAAUUUGGUGAUUUGAAUUCUGCAAAAUUAGUUUUUGAUGGGGUUCUGGUUAAGGAUCCUAUGAUGUAUAAUACUUUGAUAUCUGGGUAUUCAAGGCAUGGCAAUAUUUCCAUGGCACGAGAGCUGUUCGAUGAAAUGCCUGAAAGAACACUUGUCUCCUGGAAUGCCAUUCUAUCUUGCUAUGCAAACAAUGGUGCUUAUCAAGAUGGGUUUAGAAUAUUAGAUCAAAUGAAAUCUGAGAAAUUCCAACCUAAUGAGUGGACUGUAGCAAUUGCACUCUCCAUGUGUGCUAAGCUUGGGGAUUUUGAAAUGGGAAUGAGUUUAAAGCAGAUUAUUGAUGACAAUGGUUGGCAUAACAAUAUGGUAGUCUCGACUGCACUUCUAGAAAUGUAUGUAAAAUGUGGGGCAGUAGAAGAUGCCCGUAAAGUGUUCGACAAAAUGCUUAAACGAGAUACCGUAGCAUGGACAUCAAUGAUUUCUGGAUAUGCUCAAAACGGAAGAUCAUCUGAAGCACUAGAACUAUUCGAGAAAAUGGAAGAUAAAGUCAUCAAACCGAAUAAUAUCACUCUCGUUAGUGUUUUAUCCGCUUGCUCUCAGUUGGGCUCUGCAGAAACUGGUAACAGAAUCGGCGGCUACAUAGAGAAACGCGGAUUUGAUUCAGACAAGUACGUCGCCUCAGCCUUACUCGCUAUGUACUCAAAAUGUGGGAACAUCGAGAAAGCCCGUGAAGUGUUCAAUAAAAUGCCCCAAAAGGAUACAGUGGCGUGGAAUUCCAUCAUAACCGGGCUAGCCAUAAAUGGUCUAGCCGAAGACGCAUUCCUUAUGUUUGCCAAAAUGGUAGAAACCGGGACUCAACCUGAUAGUAUAACAUAUGUGGGUCUCCUAACCGCCUGUGCUCACGCAGGGCUAGUCCAGCUAGGUUUCGAGUUCUUUAAAAGCAUGAGGGAAGAACAUGGGAUUAAACCGGAGAUAGAACAUUAUUCUUGUAUUGUAGAUCUUCUCUGCAGGUCGGGUAGAGUUGAAGAAGCUUAUAAAUUUAUAUGUGAAAUGGAAUUCGAGCCGAAUGGUGUAGUAUGGGGGACUUUACUAAGUGCGAGUAGAAUUCAAUCGAAUUUAGAACUUGCUGAGAUCUCAUUGAAUAAGUUGAUAGAACAAGAGCCUGAUAAUUCUGGGAACUAUGUUCUUCUAUCAAAUGUGUAUGCUAGUGUAGAUAAAUGGCAAGAGGUUUGUAAAUUCAGGAAUUUGAUGAAAACCCAGAAUUUACAGAAGACAGCUGCUUGUAGUUGGAUAGAGUUGGGGAAUAAGGUAAAUAAAUUUUUGGUUAGAGAUACUUCUCAUCCUUUGUCGAAUGAUAUUUAUCGUGCCGUUCACAAUUUGAGCACACAUUUGACUCGGUUUUCUUAUGAUUUUGCUAUCGAGUUAGAGAUGAACUAAGAGUUUUCUUAUGAUCUAUUUGUAAGGGUGAUGCUAACUAUCCCGGGAAUAAAUUUUUUGAUCAGUACAUAUGAUUAAUGUAAUGCUUUUUAACUUAUAAACCAAACAAAGAAAAAACAACUUUUCCAUUUCAACAAAUAUCUGUUUAAACUUGUUACCAACAACAUCUACAUAACCACAUGUUCUUCAAACAAGCAAGCAAAAGAGAUUAAUACAAAUGAUCAUAUAUAACAAAGAGGGUCAGUCACUGACUCACUUGUUAAGAUCCUUCCUUAAUAUGAAAAA